UCUGCUUCACCCUACUCCUCCACCUCUUCACUUCUUCCUCCCUUUCCUUCAUCCUCUUACAUGUUGCUCAGUGCUUGGAAACAGGAUGAUGCUUCCGGCCAUGUGGGAAUUUCUCCUAAUAGUGGCUCACAGUUGAAUCUACGUGUUGGUGAGGACGUUAGCGCAGCGUGCAUCUGAGCAGCUUUAUCAGAUGUGGCAAGCAGAAGCUUGGUAGAAGACAAAAAGUAAUUCAAGCUGUGCAGCCUUGAGGAUUGAAGAAGCUUUUCUCUGCUUACCUUGCCAUUGGAGUUGCUGGAAUUUUGCGAAGAAUGAGUUAGAAACUGCGGCUUACGUCAAUUUCCCAAAAGAUAAAAAAAAAAAAAGGCUUUUAUGAGAUCUCCACUUGAUUAUCACUGCUGAGGACCAGGAGCCGUUUCCAGUAAUUCACCCUUCUGUGAAAAAGGUCUGAACAGCGCCAACAAGGCACCUAAGCUGUGCUGUCACAUGGACAUUGAACAGCUGUUGCAUUUACCAUCUUGUCUCAGAAAGAAACCGGACCGCUCAGGAGCUAUACAGCACUACACACGACGAUGCUGAAAAACUUGUUUGCAUCAAAGCACCUCGUACUUAGCAACUGAUGAGGAUGAGAGACUGUGUGAUGACCUAUCUGUAUUUGACAAGUGUGUUUUUCACCUCGUUGGAGAGAGGAGCACAGAGGGAAAAAAGUCAAUGAGAGGAAACAGGGGAGGAGAAGAGCGAGCCAGCGAGGGAAGGUGUGAAGUCAACACUGUGAAACAGAGAGCUAGAGAAGACGAACAGAGCUGAGAAAGACAUACAGAGAAGAGAAGAACUCUGCCAGGCUGAAAAAGGAGUAAACGCAAAAACAGCAUAACAAAGACCUGGCCAAACGCCAAUUUAACGCUGGAGGAUCGUGUUUUGCCAGAGCCAUAGAGGGAAAAUUCUUAAUGGAACCACAAACGGGCACCUCUCUCUGACCUGUCAAUGGUAAUGCAGACUGAUAACAAAAUGGAUGUAAACCCUCCAAACAGCACUUUCGCCAGCAACACACCACAUGCCCAGGCCGCUCCCCACAAUGUUUGGGAGGUUAUAACCAUUGCUACUGUGUCGGCCAUUGUCAGCUUGAUAACCAUUGUUGGUAACGUGCUGGUGCUGCUGUCCUUCAAAGUCAACAGCCAGCUGAAGACUGUAAACAACUACUACCUACUGAGUUUGGCUUUCGCUGACCUCAUCAUAGGAGCGUUGUCCAUGAACUUAUACACCACAUAUAUCCUGAUGGGUUACUGGUCCUUAGGAAACCUUGCAUGUGAUCUCUGGCUAUCAGUGGAUUAUGUAGCCAGCAAUGCUUCAGUUAUGAACUUACUCGUCAUCAGCUUCGACAGGUACUUCUCCAUCACAAGGCCACUAACUUACAGGGCUAAAAGGACUCCAAAGAGAGCUGCCAUCAUGAUCGGCCUUGCAUGGCUGGUGUCUUUUGUCCUCUGGGCACCACCCAUUCUAUGCUGGCAGUACUUUGUAGGAGAGAGAAAAGUGCCUCCUGACCAGUGCCAGAUCCAGUUUUUAACAGAGCCUGUGAUCACAUUUGGGACAGCCAUUGCUGCUUUCUACAUCCCUGUCUCUGUUAUGACCAUCCUUUACUGUAGGAUCUACAAGGAGACGCAGAGACGGACCAAAGAUCUGGCAGAGCUGCAAGGGCUCACAACUGAAAAUGUUCUAGAGGGGACUAAACCACAGAAAACUAUCAUUCAUUCUUGCUUUCAUUUCACCAGAGAAAGGAGAGAUCGGAGUCAGGCCUCGUGGUCCUCAUCCAACCAAAGUAAUGCCACUAAAACUACCAUCAGAUCAGAUGAGGCAUGGGUGAAAGCAGAUCAGAUCACUUCCUUCAACAGCUACUCCUCAUCUGAAGAGGAGGAGCAGCAUGUUUCAAUAGAAACGCCACAGGGAUCUUUCAAAGAGCAAGGUAGUGGACAAAGUAAUAAGAACGGGCAGGUGAGUGAUUAUACAGAAGCUCUGUAUUUUUCCACUCCUCAAAAGAAGAGCAGUAAAAAACACAUCUCUUAUAAAUUGAAACCUGGCUCAAAGGGUAAAAAUGGCAACGCUACAACUGCCACACCCUGCCUGCCUGAAGCAGAGCAGCCCACCACAAACGCCUCCCCUUCCUCCUCCACCACCUCCAAACCCCUUGACCCCAUCCUGAAGAACCAGAUCACCAAGAGGAAGAGGAUGGUGCUUGUGAAGGAGAAGAAGGCGGCCCAGACUCUCAGUGCCAUCCUCCUGGCCUUCAUCCUCACAUGGACGCCAUACAACAUCAUGGUGCUUAUCUCCACUUUCUGUGCCGAGUGCAUCCCUACGUCCCUGUGGCACCUGGGCUACUGGCUGUGCUACGUCAACAGCACCAUCAACCCCAUGUGCUACGCCCUCUGCAACAAGACUUUUCAGAAGACCUUCCGCAUGCUUCUGCUCUGCCAGUGGAGGAAGAGGAGGAGGAGAGGGGAGGACAAGCUGUACUGGUGUGGACAAAACCCAAACGUCAACAAUAAAAUGACUUAAUGUGGCGAACUGCAAUAUAAAGCAGACUUAUUGCUUUUGCCCACAUAUGGAUGUUCUUGAUAUAUACUGUAGUUGGUGGUCACCUAUAGCAUGAAGUGCUGCAUGUUAUUUUUGUGUUAAAGUAAAUGUUGAUAGAAAAUGAGAUGAGUCUGAUGCAGCACUUAAACUGAUGCUCCAGAUUAUUACAGAAAAGUAAAACCCAGUAGUGAUGACACAUUAUUACAAAAGUAAAAAAAUGGGUUGAGAUUAUUAUAUGAAUCUAUUUCAAAGGGGAACUCCACUGAUUUUAAACAUCAAAGUCUGUUUACAGGUGUUGGGGAGUACUACUACAUAUGUGAAAAGGUAUAAAGCCUUUCGUGGCUCUCGAUGGAGUUGCACAAAGUCUGAUAAUUUGCCUCAAGUGACGUCACCUUGGUUGAUGUUGGUUAGGGCUGAAAACUACAAGUUUGAAAAUGACAAAGAGUUAAUCUUUCCUCCUCUCCAUACUGGUGGUAAAACGAUCUCUUAAAGCGAACUGUAACAUGACUCCAAAGUAAAAAAUAUUUGCAUGUUCAUAGAGCCGAAGUUGUUUUUCAAGUAAACACAUUGCUGGACAGUAGUGAUUCUUUACGUUUAACACUGAUGACAGCUAAUCAAUUACAAAAACAAAAUGUUGAGUUGAAUUAUCAGAAUAUCUUCUCAUUGAGCGAUGAUGGGAUCAGGCUAACUCUGCUGACAGACUGCUGAAGCCAUAUACUGCUUUAGCCUUGCCUAAAUAAUACAUUUUUAAUAGUAAGGAGGACUGUGGAUUUGGCGCAAAUCUCAUUCAUUGGAGUCACUUGACGGAGUCACUCCAAUGUGGAAAGGAGAAAUGAUUACAGGAACUAGUAACAUACUUUUAACGGACAUAGUGUAUGAGCAUGAGGGUAAACCUCUGAAGGACCUUUAAACCUUAUAUAAUCUUCCUUUAUUAUAUUGCUCACAUGCACUGUAUAUAAAGGACAUAUUGUAGAGUUACACAUUUCAAAGUCAUUUAUAGCAUAAAGAAUAUAAUGUACGGAUUCUGUUGGAUUUUACACCUCCCAAAUGGUAUAUGUAAAUUGCUUAGUGUAUAUCAGUGUUUAGUGGAUGUGUUUGUUUUCUAUCUUGGCUCUUGCAAUCGAUAUUUUAUCUUGUGUUCAAGGGCUAAUCUGUACAUUUCUGUGCAUUUACAGUUGCAUUAGUUUCACAGUGGUAACAUGACAUUUGUUAAUAGAUCACAUCUCUAUUCCGGUCAAUAUUCAGAUUGCUGUUAAAAAAAAAAAAAAAGAAACUUGGUAUUUAAACAUAAUGAAGCCACCAUGUCUCUCUAAUGGAUGAGUGAUGCUGUUGUACAUUAUUGCACUUAUACGUCUUUUAAUAAUUAAAUGUCAUGUUAUCUCCCUAAACUCUGUGAGCUUUGAUAAUGAACCUGUGCUCAUUGUCUGUGUGCAGUUUUGUGAAAUGGAGUCUGUGUGUACUGAAUUGAACAGUGAAAUACAAACUCAGAAGCAGAAUUAUACUUUCGUCAGCAUGAACAUUUUCAACAUCAAAUGUGUUGAAUCUGAUCUGAUUUGUACAUUUGUAUUUGAGAAAUAUUAUCCGCUCCAACAGCAUCGAAAUAAAACUUGCCAUGGAUAACAUGUUCAAAUAGCAUGACUGUUGCUAAGUGGAGAACAGAGCUUGUUAGAGAAGUCAUCAGAGGUCUCGCUGGUCCCAAGACUCCAUGGCAGUGCAGACGUUCUGCCACUUCAGUCUGAUGCAACUCCAUUAUUAAAGGAAGUAUGAUGAUAUUUGAUCUUUUUCUUAUUGUCAACAAAAACUGUGAAAAGACCAAAACCAACAACAAAGUGACUUGUAGCCAAAGCUUGAUAUAGCUUAUUCCUCUUUCAUAAACCU